GCCAUUGGGGCAAUCAUGGAGACGCCGACUCCUCCCCAGAAGCGUCCGCGGAAUGCCGCUGCAUCUGCAGCAGGAAGUAGUGCCAAGGCCAAGUCCAAGGCCAAGGCACUUCCGUCAGCGAAGGCUGCUCAAGCGUCAUCAACGGACACAUCCACGCCAAACAAUCAUGCUGCUUCAACGUCCGCCGCGGGCAAUGUUCCACCCAUGUACAUGGGUCUACCGAUGUACAUGCCCAUCAAUCCGUACUUGAAACGGCCGCCGCUCGCGCUGCAUGGCAUGGGCCUCGAUCCCAGCAGCGCGAUGACGUUGAACACCAAGUCGAGUGCGCCGCAGAAAGGGAACGAUGGCAAGGGCGGCCAGUCGUCGUCCCCAGCCGGGACGCGGUACGACAGCUCCCUGGGGUUGCUAACCAAGAAGUUUGUGUCGCUCAUUCAAAACGCCACGGACGGGAACCUGGAUCUGAAUCAGGCCGCGAUCUCACUGGGUGUGCAGAAGCGGCGGAUUUACGACAUCACCAACGUGCUCGAGGGCAUUGGGCUGAUUGAAAAAACGAGCAAGAACAACAUCCACUGGAAAGCUGGAGCGGCGGGUGGUGGUUCCAGUUGUCUGCCUGGCCACGACGAGUCGGACUCCGACAACGAAGGCGGUGCCACACGAGCAGCACCAUCCCGCGUCGAAGAGGUUUCCGACCUGAAAGAGUCGACCCUGAAGUUGAUCGAAGAGGAGAAGCUGUUAGAACACUACAUUCGGCACAUGACCAUGAGCGUAAAGCACCUCAACGACGAAGGCGGCGGCGACGGGUCAGCCAACAACCCCGGAGGGCUCAGCUUCAUUUCACAUCAAGACAUCCGGGCCAUGGAAUCGUUGUCCGAGCAGAGUAUCAUGGCCAUCAAGGCGCCUCCAGGCACGACGCUGGAAGUGCCCGACCCAGACGAAGGCAUGCCAGCUGGCAGCCGAAGGUUUCAGAUCUUCCUCAAGAGCAACGAAGGCCCCGUGGACGUAUAUUUAGUUAGCCAAGCGUCCACAGUGCCAGACGAGGGCGUCAAGAAGGAAGCGACCGCAGCAUCCUCGGCGUCGUUGCUGGGUCACGAGGCCGACCACGGCGCGGGAGUUGGUGACUUUGAAGACUCGGACUUUGACUCGGGACUGUUCAAGUUGGCGCCGCUCAAAGCAGACCCCGACUUUUGCUUCAAUUUGGACGAAAACGAAGGCAUUUCAGACUUCUUCGGCUCCAAUUCGUUCUUAAACCACCAUGACGUGGCACAAGCUGGUGGUGGUGGUGGCGACGACGACGACGACUUUUAGUGUAAUCUUAUAUAAUGAAUGGGGGGAGGAGCUGCUCCGUUCUGAA